AUGGAAUACCACCCGCAAAACUCUUCGCCCCUGUUGCUGUUGAGGAAGAUGGAGAUUGGCACGACGUCUGUUAGGCGCACUGCGGCAUCUGUCUUCUCCCAUAUUCUGAUACUCCGAGAUAAAUGCCUCGAACUGCUCUAUCCAUCGAGCCAUGCAGAUGUUGAUUCGAUAUCAUUAGAAACCUUACAAUUCCUUGCCGCUGGUAAAUCUGGAAUUGUUUAUGCGAUCGAUGAUAAGAGGGUUUUAAAAGAGUUUCAAGAAACAGAGCGGGGUGAAGUUGAGCGUCAAGCAUAUUGCCGCCUCGGCUCACAUUCUAACAUUGCAAAAUUGCUGGGUACUCGGAAAGAUGGCUCUAUUGUUCUCGAAAGGGGCGAGGUCCUCCGAAAAAUAUGUCGGUCGCCCUCCGCAGAUAAGAUUCCGAUUGAGAGGAAGCUUGGCUGGCUGAGACAAGCUGCAAGGGGCUAUCAACAUCUGCAUAAUAGCAAUAUCAUUCAUAGUGAUGUUGGGUGCAAUAAUAUGAUUAUAACAAAGGAGGGUCGUCUGAAAAUCAUUGACUUUGAAGGCUGCAGUAUCGACGGUGAACCGGCGGAUUCCUGCUAUGAAUGGUUCAGCUACCGACCAUCGGUGCCAAGGGCGAGCCGAUCUACUGAUAUUUUUGCAUUUGGCUGUGCAGUCUACGAGAUUAUCACUGGAAAACCACCGCACCAUGAACUCGAAGUAUCCAAUGAUCGAUAUCAUCUCGUUGAACGGCUAUACGCAGACAACAACUUCCCCGAUGUUACGUCGCUACCCCUAGGUCAGUUGAUCCAGAGCUGCUGGCUGAACUGUUUUAGUUCUAUGAGCGAGGUGGUUCGAGAACUAGAAGCAUUCAACCCCAGGAGUUCUCGGGGCUUGGACUGA